UGCUAUGUUGCGCUCUACGCCUUCUCUUCUGAGGUCAACGGCUUCAGUAGUGGCCAGAAGACCAGUCCGUACUGGCAGGGUACUUGUGGUGAGAAAGUACAGCCAAGACAACGUUACAGAGGUUACCCCAGUAGCGUCGAGUUCGAAAGAACCAAUACCGAAUUCGAGCAGAAGAGAAGCGUGGCUCUUCGUUGACUCUGUAUUCCCCAUCACCUUUGCUCGCUGGGAUGUCCGUUACUACUGGUCCCUCUUCCGACAAGAUGAACUCCUCUCUUCGCUAAAACGUCUUCUGUCCGACGCUCAAACACACGACUUCCGGCCUCUCUCCCUUUCUCCACAAGUCAAAGACGGUGGCGUGUUCGUCAAGUUCGAGUAUUCUGGACCGGACGGACAAGUCGAGAGUACGCUGAGGAGGAUAGAGGAGGAUCUGAGAGAGCAUGUGAGCAAGAAUGGUGGGAUACCGAAUUCGUUGGGUGUCUUCAAGAGGGGAAGCUUGUGGGUUGUGAGAGGUAGUCCAUGGCGUGAGGAUAUGUAUAGGUUCGCAUCACCGCUUCUCCGAGUGAUAUUCGAAGGUCCAGACGUCCAAGAAGAAGCCCUCUACAACAUCUUCCGCCCCUACGGCCGCAUAGUCGACCUCUCAUCCCCCUCCCCCCUCCCCGGAACCUCCCUCCGCUCCUCCACCAUCUCCUUCUCCAAACCCACCUCCGCCGUAAUCGCCCGCAACGUCGCCCACGGGAUCAACGCCGGUCAAACUCGACUACGAACGGUGUUUCAGCCGCCCGUGCAGGCGCAUGUGGUGAGAGACUGGAUUACGAGCCAUCCGAAGAUUAUGGGACCUGUGUUUUUCUUUUUGAUUGGGACGAUCACUUACACGAUAUUCGACCCGAUCCGUGCGUUCUUCGUCGAAGCCAAAGUCGGCGACUGGCUCGAUUAUCGCGAGUUCAAAGCCUACCAAUGGCUCCGCGCCACCGCCCUCACCCGAUUCUCACUCGGCGAUAACAGCAGCAGUACCACGAAAUUAGAAGACGCGGACGCGGAGGGGAGUUGGCAGACGAGGAAGGACGCGGAGGUGGCGUUGAGGAAUUAUUUGAAUGAUUUGCCUACGACGGUGGCGUUCGUUCAUGGACCACAGGGGAGCGGUAAAUCCAGGAUGCUAGGCCGCGUAUUGAAAGACGUCGAACGAUCAGCACUCGUCAUCGACGUCUCCGAACUCCUCAAAGCGAACUCCGACACCCAGAUGAUCGCCUCGCUCGCGGAGCAGACGGGCUAUUGGCCCGUGUUCAGCUUCUUGAAUGAUAUCAACCAUUUGGUGGAUUUGGCGAGUGUGGGGUUGAUUGGGCAGAAGGCCGGCUUCUCGACCUCCCUGACGGACCAAACGAAAAAUAUCCUCGAGAUCACGGGUACGGCGCUCACGUCCCUGCAAGCCUCCAACCGUAAAUCCUUCGAAGAACAAUCGAAACGCAACACUCGGAACAAAGAUAGCGCGGCGAAAGGAGGAUUGGUCGGCCGAGUGAAGGGUUGGUUUGGCGCGACUAAUGAGAAUGUGGACGGUGCUGUGGGCAAGGAGAAGCUGGAACGGGAGGUGAAGGAGAAGGUUGAAGAGACGACGGAGAAGGGAGAGGAGGUGGAGAAGGCUGAGGGGGUGUUGGAGGGUGUGAGGAGGAGUGGACAGGACGUUUAUAGAGUUGCGACUGGGAUACCUACCGGCACCGUGUCCAAGGUGAGGGAGUGGGUCGGGUACAACUCGUCCUCCGAAUCCUCCAGCGAGCCUGCCAAGGACGACAAAGCUGAAGAGGGCGGGAGCGGCGAGGCGAGCAGGAACGAGGACGAUGUGCAUGCUGUGAAGGCGCUGCCGAUUGUGGUGUUGAAAAAUUAUAAUGCGGGGAAGAGGGAUGAUGUGUUGGAUGUGCUGGGCCAGUGGGCGGCGGGGUUGGUCGAUAACCAGAUCGCCCAUGUCGUCGUACUCUCCGACAACCGCGAAAACUCCAAACGUCUCGCAAAAGCACUCCCCUCUAAGCCACUCAAUAGUAUCGCCCUCUACGACGCUGACUCCGCCAGCGCUCUCCAGUUCGUCAAGCAGCGGUUACACGAGUCUGGUAUCGAUGCCGAUUUCUCGGAGAAGGAGACGGCGUACGUUGAGAGGCUGGGUGGGCGGGCUAGUGAUCUUGCUAGUUUGAUUCACAAAGUCCGCGGCGGCCAACGGGUGGUGGACGCAGUAGAUGAUAUCGUCCGUCGUGGUGUGAGCGAACUCCGAAAGAACGCGUUCGGGGACGAUAUGGAGGAUGCGAAGGCUUUGCCCUGGACGAGGGAGCAAGCUUGGGCGGUGUUGAAGGCGUUGUCUGGUGCCAACGAGGUUCCGUAUCAUGAUGUGCUGGUGAACUUCCCGUUCAAGGGCGAUGAGGCAGCGUUGAGGGCAAUGGAGCAGGCGGAGUUGAUCACUAUUGGGACGCAUAACGAACGACCGUCUGUCAUCCGUCCUGGAAAGCCCGUGUACCACUACGUCUUCGAGCGCCUCGUCUCAGACCCGAUCUUCCAAGCGACCCAAGACCUAGCAUUCAACACCAAGCUCGUCGAAGCCGCCGAAACCAUCGUCAAAUCCUGCGAAUCCGAGCUCAUCGCGCUCAAAGAGAUCGCUUCGUUCGACCAGGGCAGCUGGAACCUUUUGGCUGGUCCGAGUCCGACAAAACAAAGGGCGACGCAUUUGUUGGAGAAGAUGCAGGCGGCACAGGAGAGUGUGAGGAAGUUGGAGAAGAGGAAUGCGGAGUUGAAGGCGGUUUUGAAGAAGGGCGGUUGAGUGAGUUGAUAACGUUGUAGAGGAGCCAGGGAUCUCAGAAUGACAGUCGUCUGUGUGCUGCGCAAUGUAAGACCGUGACUCAUAGCAUAGUGCAGGAUGACGACGAUAGCAAGGUAGAGUGGCGGCGAAACCCCCUUAGGCUUGGGGCCCGCUCCCCGAUUUGCCUGGAGGCAAUUCACGACGUCUUAUAAGUCACUGACGGGCAGUUCCGGGGCUGUUAUUUUCUUUCUGGUGACUACAUCCUUACUUGUGUUUUCCUACCAUCUGCACCCG